AUGAGCACCGUCUACCUCAUCACCGGCGCCAACCGUGGCAUAGGCCGCGGUCUCACGGACCUGAUCCUAUCGAGGCCCAAUACCAGUGUGGUCGCACUAGUCCGCGACCUCGACCACGAAACUUCAAAAUCUCUCGCUUCCACCACGCCCGGCGCGUCCAACACGCUCACCAUCCUACCAUAUGACGCCAAGCAACCCGGAUCCGCCGAGACCGCGAUCUCGACGCUCCGAAAGACGCACGGCAUCACGCAUGUCGACGUAGUCAUCGCCAACGCGGGCACGCUUUCGAAGCGCGGGCCGACGGUAGACACCCCAGCCGAAGCCAUCCUCGAAGCCGUCGACGUCAACACAGUCGGUCCGUUGCAGCUGUUCCGUGCUUGCCUACCUCUGGGCCCCGCAAAGUUCAUCGCCAUCAGCUCGGCCAUCGGCUCGACCACACAGAUCCCGCAACAUGCGCACUCGCAGACCGUCGCGUACGGAAUCAGCAAGGCCGGCCUGAAUCACGCCAUGCGCAAAUUGAGCGUCGAGUAUCCUGACAUGGUGAUCGAGAUGUUGACGCCUGGACCCGUGAUGACGGAUUUGACGAGAGAGUACAAGUCAUUCAUGGAGGAGGCGCUUAAGAAGAACCCGACCCUGGCGGACCGAUUUGUCCCGAUUGAUAAAGUGUGCAAUGGAUUGCUAGGCCUAAUUGACUCGGCGUCCAAAGAGACGAGUGGUGGGUUCAGAGAUUGGUCGGGCCAGGUCGUACCAUUCUAG